AGUCCGCGCCGUGCCGGAGGAGGAGGAGGAGGAGGAGGAGGAGCGGCGGGGAUGUGCCGGGCAGGCCGGCAGCCCUGAGGGGCCAGGCGCCCUCCUGCCCACCCAGCCGCCGCGCACCCGGGGCCGCCUCGGCUCCCCGAAUCCCGCCGCCCCCCCCCCCCCACCCGCCGGGACCCAGCUUCCCUCCUCCUCCUGCUGCUGCUUUUUUUUUUUUUUUUUUUUUGUAAUUCUCCUUUCCUCCCCCGCUCCUUUCCUUCCUUCCUCCGGGCGGCUAUGGACAGGCGGGGGAGCGCCGCAGAGCAGCAGCCGCCAGCGCGCAUCUGAGCGCGGCCCCGAGCCGGGGGGGGGCCGGGGGGCGCCGGGGGCCGCUCGGAUGCAGGCCGGGCCGGGCCGGGUCGCCCUGCUCCGGCCCGCCAGCGCCGCAGCCCCGGGGGGGCCGAGAUCGUGACGAACCCGGCGGGGAGAGAGAGAGAGAGAGAGAAGAAAAGAGGCACGCGUCCGCCGAGGAGCCGCUCGCUGCGCGACAGUGGAUUGCUAAAGCCGCGUGGGAAGGAGAAAAGGCGAGGAAACUAAAAAAUGGAGACUGUAAGUAGAAGCAGCUUCCAGCCUCAUCCAGGACUGCAGAAGACCUUGGAACAGUUUCAUCUGAGCUCUAUGAGCUCCCUGGGUGGCCCUGCUGCUUUCUCAGCACGAUGGGCACAGGAGAUGUACAAGAAAGACAAUGGCAAAGACCCAGCGGAACCCGUGCUGCAUCUGCCCCCCAUCCAGCCGCCUCCGGUGAUGCCCGGUCCCUUCUUCAUGCCCUCGGACAGGUCCACGGAGAGGUGCGAGACCAUCCUGGAAGGGGAAACCAUCUCCUGCUUCGUGGUGGGUGGAGAAAAGCGGCUUUGCUUGCCCCAGAUCCUGAACUCGGUGCUCAGGGACUUCUCCCUGCAGCAGAUCAAUUCGGUGUGUGACGAGCUGCAUAUUUACUGCUCCAGGUGCACUGCUGACCAGCUGGAGAUCCUCAAAGUCAUGGGCAUCCUGCCCUUCUCCGCUCCCUCCUGCGGGCUCAUCACUAAAACUGAUGCCGAGAGGCUUUGUAACGCCUUGCUUUAUGGUGGCACCUAUCCUCCCCACUGCAAGAAGGAAUUCUCUAGCACGAUCGAGCUGGAGCUUACAGAGAAGAGCUUCAAGGUGUAUCACGAGUGCUUUGGGAAGUGUAAGGGACUCCUGGUACCAGAGCUUUACAGUAACCCCAGCGCAGCCUGCAUCCAGUGCUUGGACUGCAGGCUGAUGUACCCACCUCACAAAUUCGUGGUCCACUCGCACAAAUCCCUGGAAAACAGGACUUGCCACUGGGGCUUUGACUCUGCAAACUGGAGGUCCUACAUCCUCCUCAGCCAGGAUUACACUGGGAAAGAGGAGAAGGCUAGGCUGGGCCAGCUCUUAGACGAAAUGAAAGAAAAAUUUGACUAUAACAACAAAUACAAGAGGAAAGCCCCCAGGGUCCCUUCAGAUCCUCCUGCUUCCAAAAAAACCAAAAUAGAUGACUCUGCUUCCCAAACUUCAGCUUCUACUGAGAAGGAGAAACAGUCCAGUUGGUUACGGUCCUUAUCCAGUUCAUCUAAUAAGAGCAUUGGCUGUGUCCACCCCCGUCAGCGUCUCUCAGCUUUCCGGCCCUGGUCCCCUGCUGUAUCAGCAAAUGAGAAAGAGCUCUCGAGCCAUCUUCCUGCGUUGAUCCGAGACAGUUUUUACUCCUACAAAAGCUUUGAGAAUGCUGUGGCCCCCAACGUGGCACUUGCACCUCCAGCCCAACAGAAAAUUGUGAGCAACCCUCCCUGUGCCACAGUAGUGUCGCGGAGCAGUGAGCCUCUGAGCAGCACAGUCCAGCCGCGGAAAAGAAAACUUGCUGCAGAGAACCCAACUAUCCCAGAACCAGUGGCCACUGUUACUGCCCCUGAAGAGGAUAAGGAAUCAGAAGCAGAAAUUGAAGUAGAAACCAGGGAAGAAUUCACCUCCUCCUUAUCCUCGCUCUCCUCCCCAUCCUUUACUUCAUCCAGCUCUGCAAAGGACAUGAGCUCACCUGGGAUGCAAGCCCCAGUCACAGUCAACAGUUCAUAUGAGGUUGCAACACAUUCUGACUCUCACAGCAGUGGGUUGGAAGCUGAGCUGGAGCACCUAAGGCAGGCCCUGGACAGUGGCCUAGAUACAAAAGAAGCCAAAGAAAAAUUCCUUCAUGAAGUUGUUAAAAUGAGAGUGAAGCAGGAAGAGAAGCUAAAUGCUGCCUUGCAAGCCAAACGCAGCCUACAUCAGGAGCUGGAGUUCCUACGAGUGGCUAAGAAGGAGAAACUGAGAGAAGCAACAGAGGCGAAGCGCAACUUAAGGAAAGAGAUUGAACGUCUGAGAGCUGAGAACGAGAAGAAAAUGAAGGAAGCCAAUGAGUCUCGGAUACGGCUAAAGAGGGAACUGGAACAAGCCAGGCAGAUCCGAGUUUGUGACAAGGGCUGUGAAGCAGGCAGGCUUCGGGCCAAGUACUCUGCCCAGAUUGAGGACCUACAGGUUAAGCUUCAGCAUGCAGAGGCUGACAGGGAGCAGCUCCGAGCUGACCUGAUGCAUGAGAGGGAGGCUCGAGAACACUUGGAAAAAGUAGUCAAGGAACUUCAGGAACAGCUGUGGCCUAAAUCAAGCAGUCAACCCACCAGUGAAAACACAACGAGCAACAUCGAGAACUAACUAGACAGCGCAUCGUCUAAUUCCUCUACAGAAUGACAUAUAUGCACAGUAAGGGAGGAUGUGUGGGUACGUGUGUAAGUGCAUGUGUGAGUAGUUGUGUCUUAGCACACAGAGCUAUGAAUAUGGAUUCUUAUUAGUUGGAAGGCAAACGUUACUCUUUAUAACAGAAGCACUGAAUUACGCCUCUUUUUUUUUCCAAUCCAUAUAGCACAACAUCUUACUGUGCCUAUAAAACACAAAGUGUUUAUAAACAAAAUACUUUUAAGUCCACAGCAAAUUUUCUACUGGCAAACUCCAAGCAAGCAGCAUCGUCCAACUAAAAUCAGAGUGAAAGGCAAGCAUGGCAGUGUUUUUAUGUUGCCCUUCUGCCUGUUGGAACAUUUUGGAAUUUAAAAACAAACUUUUGUUAUAAGCUAUUUAAAAUAAUUCAUUACACAGACUUGGUAUUAAAAAAUUAACAAGAUUUUUUAUAAUGAACCUUUGAAAGCAAAACAAAAAACCUUCGAUGCACAAUUUUUAAUGACUUGUUAAAGGCUUUGGGAUUCUUCAUGUAGAAGCCCUCUGGUGAUGAUGCCAUUUCAUUAGCAGUUUUCCAGCCAUCUAGGAAGCCAUCACAGUUUUAAUCCUGUCCUGUGCUUGUAUGAGAAUUUCAGAGUGCUUUUCCAAGUUGAUUUUUUUCCUUAGAAACAAUUACCUUCAUUUCCUGUCCUGAACACAAGAAGAAAGGAAGAUGCAGGAUUGUAAGGGUUGGGGGGAGGGCGGGAAGAGAAGAUGUAUGCUUUAGAAUUACAAACCCAGCCUUACAGACUUCAGUGUUUGCAAAUCAUGCCAUAUUUUCUAAAGACAUCUUCAUUAAUUGAUGUGUUCAAAGACUCACUUCAUCCAAGAGCCACUUCAGCUUUAGGAAAAGAAAGAAUGAAAUAAAGGAAGGAAAUGGAUGAUCUGUUAAGUCGGUUGAGAAAUAAAGCAGAAGACACGUGUUUCGAAGUCAUUCUGAAAUCUUUACUUCAGCUUUCAGUUUUCUGGAAAACUCAUCUUCGUUGCACCAUCUUACCAUAAAAUUCAGUAUUUACCUGCUUUUAUUCUGAACUGUUUGUCAGGAUUUCUGUGCCCAAGGAGAGUGCAACAUCGCAUUAUUGGAUACUACAGAAAAGAGAAACAACAUUUUUGCUGCUGUGAAUAAGCCUACAUCUUUUUUAAAAGAAAAACUUUUGUUUUUAAAAAAAGAAAUUACUUUAAUUUUGGGAUCCAAGCCGCAGCCCCGGAAUAAAAAUGCAGCAUGCCAUCACUUUGUCUUAUUAUUAUUGUUGUUGUUGUUGUUGUUAAUAUUUUUUUUAAACUGCACUUUUGUCAGAAUCUUACUCUGCAUUUUAUUCCAUAUUUUGAAAGUUUACAAGUUAAGCAUUCUAGAUUCUACCCUGCAGAUGUUAACAUCAUCCACAUGAUUUUCCACCACGUGACACCUUGCGCCAUCAUUUACAUUUAUGCAAAGCGCGUGCUCAGCGGGUACGGAAUGCCACCAAAUACAAAGUCACCAGACCAGCGCACUACUGGUUGCGUUUUAAACCUGUUUUGCAUGGCUGUGUAACAGGAGUUGGGAAGCAGCAGAGAUGCUCCCAGAAGUGCUUAUCAAAUAAAAGUUGGUGCUUUACUGAACAAGAGACAAGUUAUUUUCACCCACAAACACUCACCUCUUACAUACUCAAGCUUAUCAGCAUAAAGUGAAAAUUUGAUCUGGGGCUGCAGAUGUGCCUUCCAGCUCAUUUUUCCUCUCAGCAUCUUAUAUAGGCAAUGCUGACACUUUUUUUUUUAACCUUAAAGAGUAAAAAGAAAAACAAAAAAAUAUAAAACCCUAUGCAUCAUCAUACCCAGAAGUUAUUCUAAACAAAGAAAUGUAUUUCCAGUAAUCUUUAUUUGCUUUUGGACAUUAAUACAAACUAUGUAAGCUUAAAAAUUAUUUCCCAGUAGACAGAAAGCGGCUUCCAAUCCUAAAAUUAUUGUAUUUACUUACAGUACAUUAGUUUUUUGUUUUUUUUUUUUUUUUUUAAACAAGAGCUGUUUGCUUGAAACCAUUAUAAUAACCAUUAUAAUAACUGUGAGCAUUAACAAAGAAGUUCAUAUAUAUGUUUUAGGUACAAAAAGACGAAAUACGAAACGCGUAGGAUUACUGGGACAAUGUAGAACUGUUGGGAGCAAGAAACAGUUACAACAAGUAAAUUACGUGAACCUGUCCGUUUAUACAGGGCUUGCCCUGUGUGUUUGGGAUGCUGGAGACUGAGGCUAGAUGCAGAUCUCCUCCUCUAAAGUGCAAUGCAAAAGGAUUUUUGAUUAUGCUUAGGCAGUGUUGUUUUUUUUUUUUAAUGUGGGAUUUUUUUUCUUUUUUUGGUUCUUUGUAUGUUUUUUUUUCUGCGAUUAUUAAAUCAUAUGCAUGGAAUUAAAAUCUCUGCCAUACGUAUAUUCAUUAAUGGGCAUUAUUACUGUCUUAUGUAAAGGGUUUAUUUUGUUAUGCAGUAUGCAUAAAAAAAUGUUCUCAGCCUUAUGAUUUCCAGAUUUGUAUUAGUCACUUAUUUCUUCAAGGGAAACUAAACAAUUUUAGCUUUAGUUGAUCAUUGUGCAUUUCAAGUCUCCUGUUUGCUAUGUUUUACUGCCACGUUAAGAAAUUACACAUAGAACAAAUCUAUUCCCACACCCACUGUCAGCUUCCUUGAAACUGUCUUUUUUAAUGGUGUUCAUUUUUUCCCCCAACCUUUGAUUGCGUCUCUCCCCUUACAACUCAACAAAAAAUGGCAGCAUGUCCAGCUCCAUUUCUUGUUGGUUUUUUUUUUGUAACAGACGCGACCCCCUUACCUGUGGCACAACAUAGGUGUUCUUUCAUGUGGCUGAGGGUGCGUAUUUACUUGCUGUCUCAAUCGCUCCUGUGCAUAUGAUGCUUUUAUCCUCCAAAAUGAAUUCUGCAUUUUUUUUUCAAUAGGAAAAAAAUUGCUAAGACUAUUUACUGUUCUUUAACUGUCAAACCACCACCACCACCUCUGUGUCACCCAUAAAUGGGGUGAGACAUUUCAGGAAAGAUUUUUCCAAAGUGAAGUUACUUACUGUUAUAAAAAACCAUUUUCUUCUUUUGCCAUGCAUUGUGAUAAUUCUGCUAUGUACAACAUAUGA